CUGAAAUACCGAAAUACGGUGCUGUGGCCGAGUGAAAUAGUUGUUUACCCCAGUUACCGGUCUUCCUUUAUUUUAUUUUCAGUUCUGCAUCUGUACCAGGGAAUACUUUUUUCUUUGUGUAUUCCAACAGUCAAGAAGCAUGCGAUUCAAAACAGCUCUUCAGAAGGAGCCAAAACAUUCUGAACUGGUGAGUUGUGUGGGAUGGACAACACCAGAUGAAGUCUACUCAAGCGCUGAUGACCACCACAUCAUCAAGUGGAACCUCACAAACAACGAGACUGCUACUCUGCUAGAACUACCAAAAGAAUGUUUUCCUACGAGUAUGCAUUGGUUCCCCAAAUCUGCUCAAAGUGGUGCUGGCAAAAAGGCUGGUUCCGAUGUCUUUGUUCUCACGUCAACAGAUGGCAAGUUUCACCUGAUCAGUCGCACGGGAAGAAUUGAAAAAAGCACAGAGGCUCACAAGGGAGCGGUUUUGUGUGGGCGAUGGAGCUACGAUGGAACAGCUCUUCUGACGGCAGGGGAGGACGGACAAGUGAAGACCUGGUCCCGAAGUGGAAUGCUACGCUCGACUCUCACACAAAACAGUAUCCCGGUAUACAGUGCAGCCUGGGGUCCGGAUUCAGACCAGGUUCUCUUCACUAACGGUCGGCAGUUGGUGAUCAAACCUCUACAGGCUAACGCCAAACCUCAGAUGUGGAAAGCUCACGAAGGAAUAGUUUUAUGUGUGGACUGGAACCACGUGAACAACCUGAUCCUGUCUGGAGCUGAGGACAAGAGAUAUAAGGUGUGGGACACGUACGGUCGACUCUUGUACAGCAGCAGUGGCCACGAGUACCCCGUCACUGCUGUCAGCUGGACACCAGACGGUGAGAUGUUUGCCGUUGGCUCCUUCAACACGCUGCGCCUCUGCGACAGUAGUGGGUGGUCUUAUGCUUUGGAAAAACCCAACACGGGCAGCAUUUUCAGCCUGGCCUGGUCAAGUGAUGGCACCCAGGUCGCUGGUGCCUGCGGCAACGGUCAAGUCAUUUUUGCCAAUGUGAUAGAGAGACGGUUAGAGUGGAAAAAUUACGAGGCUAGUGUGACUGCCAGCAAGCAAAUCCAAGUGAGGAACGUGAUGAACGACACCACGGAGAAGCUGGACUUCCGCGACCGGGUCAUCAAAGUGUCGCUGGGCUUCAACCACCUGGUAGUGGCCACCUCCUCGCAGUGCUACAUCUACAGCACCAAGAACUGGAACACACCCAUGAUCUUUGAUUUGAAAGAAGGAAGUGUAACUUUGAUCAAGCAAGCUGAGAAGCAUUUUCUGUUGGUGGACGGUACUGGUGUGUACGUGUUCUCUUACGAUGGUCGGCUGGUGUGUACACCUCGCUACCAGGGUAUGAAGGCGGACAUUUUGAACCAACAGACGAUAGCGCUCAGCAAUGACACUGUGGCCAUCAGGGACAAGACGGAUGAAAAAGUCGUGUACGUGUUUGAUGCUCAGACUGGGAAGACCAUGGGUGAUGGAAAGCCGAUUACACACAAGGUGGAGGUGAUGGACAUUGGCCUUGACCAGUGCGGCAUCACGGCCGAGCGACGGAUCACGCUGGUGGACAAGAACCGCGACCUCUUCCUCACCUCCGUCAGAAUAUUUGGCGCAGAACGGAAAGUCAUCAAGCUUGCCAACAUGAUCCAGGCGCAUGCGUGGAAUGAUGAGACAAACAUGCUGGCCGCCAUGACAGACGGCAAAAUCCUGGUGUGGUACUAUCCUAACGCUGUGUAUGUGGACAAGGAUUUGCUGCCUCGUACACUGUAUGAAAAGGACACCAGUGAGUUUGGCAAGGCGCCCCAGCUUGUAGACUUUCUGGGCAGUCACCUUAUCCUGAGGAGGGCCGAAGGAUCUCUCAUCUCUACCACCAUCUCCCACUACCCGUCAGUACUGCACAGUUUUGUCAUGAACGGCAAGUGGGACGACGCUGUCAGACUUUGUAGAUUCGUCAAGGAGGAGAAUCUCUGGGCAUGUCUUGCUGCCAUGGCAACGUACGCCAAAGACCUGAACACAGCUGAGGUGGCUUAUGCUGCGAUCAAGGAGGCCGACAAGGUUCAGUUCAUCAUCAACAUCAAGGACAUCCCCGUGAAGGAAGCGCGGAACGCUGAGAUGGCUCUCCUGUGCGGGAACCAGCAAGACGCCGAGGCCAUCCUGCUGCAGGCGACCCUCACCUUCCGCGCUAUCAUGCUCAACGUACAGCUCUACAACUGGGACAGGGCACUUGAGCUGGCGGUGAAGCACAAGACUCACGUGGACACGGUGCUGGGCUACAGGCAGAAGUUCCUGGCUCGCUUUGACAAGGAGGAGACCAACAAGAGGUUCCUGCAGUACAAGGAGGGGAUUGACGUGGACUGGGACAACAUCAACAGCAAGAUCGAGAUGGAGUAUCAGAAAGAACGGGAACGGCCGUCCGGUGGAGGAUCCUCUGCUGUCUCCGGAGGUCACAGUCGCGUCGGGCAAGCUGCCGUCUGAGCCCCAGCCCCGGCCGUGUGUGGUGGAUACAGUCUAGCACUCAUGUAGUCAACACACACAUAGUGAACGCCCACAUAGUCAAUGCACACGCAGUUAAUGCACACAUAGCCAACAUACCCACAGUGAACAUGCACAAAGCCAGCUCACACAUAGCAAACACACACACAGCCAACACAUGCAUCCCCAACACAUACAUCGCAAACACACAUAUAACCAACACACACAGCCAAUUCACCCAUAAUGAACAUAUUUCAGGUCCUGAAUUUUUUUUCUAUCUUGUUAUAUAUAUACUUUGUACAUACAUGGUGAAAUUUGUAUGUAACGAAACUAUUUCUGCAUCCAGGGUAUAUCGCUGCGUGUGUGCUAGACUGUAUUGACUGUUUCAUAGGGCAGUAGGGACGGACUUGUCAAAGGCUCAUUUGUUUUAAGACUGCUUGCUCUGGGCUAACUGUGAGCUUUCCGAUGAUCAUGUGUCUGUGAAUGGAGGGUGGACUUCCUUUACCAUCGAAGUGAUUUUUUUAAACGUGGUUUUGUUCUCCGAUUAAUUCAUGUUGUCUUAGUGCCUUCAUGGUCAGAUGGCCAGAAGGAUCCAUCUUAGCAAUAUUCUGUCCCCAAGGGUUUAUGCAAAAAAAAUUAUGAAAUCAUGCAAACUGAGCCUAAAAAUGUAAAAUUACGCGAUUCUGUUAAUUUUAACAAAGAAUUAUUUAAGGAAAAUAAUCAGAAAUUAUGCAAAAAAUUAUCAAAUUUUGCUAAAUUAUUCAGGGUGCAUAAAACUUCGGGGACAGAAUAUUCAGCCGGGAAGGCCAACUCAAAAAUGAAAGGGAGGAGGUUGUGACUUUCUAUGGUUCAAUUGUCAGAAUGAUUUAAGAGAAGCAAGUUUAGUUUUUCUGUGUAAGCCUCAGCUCUUUAAAUUAAAUGAAAUGUGCAGAGUCGCGUACUGUCUCUCGUUUUUACCUUAUGUGCUCACAAAGCUGCACACAGAAUCAUUGACAUCGUCAUGGAUGCUACAUUAUGCAAAAAUACAUAAUUCUUCUUGGUGGAGAUUUAAUUUCUGUUGUAUCCAACAUCUAGUAGUAGUAGUAGUAUAAGGUUUUACGGCGCUCGCAACUGCUAAGGUCAUAUGAGCGCGCGAAACACA